AGGGUUUUGCUUCUGCAGUUCGAGACUCAGGAGUCAUGGCCGGAACUCGAGGUCUUACGCAGGAGUCACUGGCGGCGUCUGGCCGGAGCUCGGAAAAGCUCAGUCUCCCUGCUCUUCAAUCUAAGAUGAAAUGCGACCCUGACGGCUACGAGUCGGAGCUUCACCUUCUAUACAAGCAAUUCAACGCCUCCGUCGAUCUCUUCGAGCAGCAAUCCGCGCUUAAUUUCUCCUCCGUCGGAGGGGGCGUCGGCGCAGACCCGUCCGUUGCUAAGGACCUCGGCGACCGAGCCAUGUUCCUGGCUCAUGUUACACCUUUUUACCUGAAGCAGCUCGCCGAUUUCCCGCGUCAAUUGAGUGAUUUACUCCGUAGCUCCUGUCGGAAUAUGCCGUCGGGACUCCGACACAGUGUUGCGCAAGCUCUGGUUCUUCUGAUGAACAGGAAGAUUAUUGGCUUAGAAGAAAUGCUGUCACUAUUUCUGGAAAUUCAGACUCUUGGUGACAGAAACCUGCGAAAGCUUGCAUUUUCUCAUGUUGUUCAAAGCGUUCGUAAGAUGAAUCAGAAGCACAGGAAUGAAGCUAAGAACCGGGUGCUACAAAAUGUUGUGUUCUCUAUGUUACAGCAAGACGAUGAAGCAAAAGCCAAGAGAGCUCUUGUUACCCUAUGUGAGCUUCACAGGAGAAAGGUUUGGUUUGAUGAGAGAGCUGCAAACGCAAUUUGUAUGGCAUGUUUUCAUUCCUCAUCAAGAAUCAUGAUUUCAGCCCUACGGUUUCUUCUUGACUAUGAGAGUAUCGAGGAUGACAAUGACAGCGAUGCUUCGAGCAGUGAUGAUGAGGAGACACAGAAAACUUCUCAAGUUGUGAUUAAUAAAGAGUCGGUUUACAAGGCACAUCAUAAAGGCACAACUUCCAGCAAGAAAAAAAAGCAAGCGAAACUGCAACGAGCAAUUCGAAGCAUGAAAAGACAGCAACGCACAUCGACUGAAAACAACAAUUCAACUUAUUAUUCACCUCUUAACCAUCUCAAAGAUGCUCAGGGCUAUGCUGAGAAGUUGUUCUCCCGUCUCCAGACUUGCAAUGAACGUUUUGAGAUUAAGAUGAUGAUGUUUAAAGUUAUAGCUCGGACAGUUGGGCUUCACCGCCUUAUUUUACUGAAUUUUUAUCCUUUUAUUCAAAAAUAUUCUCAGCCACAUCAACGUGAUAUAACAAAUAUACUUGCGGCUGCAGUUCAGUCCUGUCAUGAUAUGGUCCCUCCGGAUGCAGUUGAGCCACUGUUCAAACAAAUCGUGAAUCAAUUUGUACAUGACCGUUCACGUCCGGAGGCAAUUGCUGUUGGGCUCAACGUUAUACGUGAAAUAUGCUUGCGGAUGCCGCUGUUGAUGACAGAAGAUUUGUUACAAGAUCUUGCUCUGUAUAAAAAGUCUCAUGAAAAAGCUGUCUCAGCAGCAGCUCGUUCGCUCAUAGUAUUGUUUAGAGAGGUUUGCCCUUCACUUCUUGUUAAAAAAGACCGUGGUCGUCUAGUGGACCCCAAGGCGAGACCUAAAGAGUACGGAGAAGUUGAUGUCCUAAGCAAUAUUCCCGGUGUUGAAUUAUUGCAAGAAAGCAAUGGUGGAGAGGGUGAUGACGAUUCUGACGUUGAAGAGCAUUUGAGUGGUGCUGAUGAUGAUGAUUUGGAAUUAACUGCCGGCAGUGGUGGUGAUGUGUGGGACGAGCAAGACGCUGAUGAUAGCGAAAGUGAGGAUGAUGAUGAUGGACAAGAGUCAGACGAUGACGAUGUUGAUGACAGAAACAGUAUUGGUUGUGAUAGUGAAACUGGUAUAUCUAUGGAUGAUGAGGAUGAGGAGGAGAUGGACAACGAGGAUGAAGCUGAGUUGGAUUCAGAUGAUGAGGGAACGGAGGGAGAAGAAGAAGAUGGUGAAGAAGCUAUUGGUCCCUUGGAAAAGGAUAGUGAGAAGAAAGAGAAAUCCAACGAGAAAAAAAGGAAGGCACCAGAUUUUGAUGACAAUCUUCUUUCUGCUGAGACUAGCCUACGAGCUUUAAAGAGAUUGGCAGAAGCAAAGAAGGAGCAUCCUUCUGAUGAAACUGAUGGAAUCCUUUCGAAUGAGGAUUUCCAAAGAAUCAAGGAAUUAAAGGCGAAAAAGGAUGCGAAACUUGCAUUAGCUCGGCAAGGAUUCAAGAUUCCAAAUUCUGAACAACUAAGUUCGAAAAGGGUUGAUCCAGCAAAGCUUGAAGCUCACAUAAAGCAUAAACUAACGAAAGAGCAACGAUUAGAGCUAAUAAAGGCGGGUAGAGAGGACCGGGGGAAAUACCAAGCCCGGGCUGCAAUCAAACAGAAAAAGACGGGAGGAAUGAGCAAUAGGCAGAAGGAGCACAAGAAGAACAUGCCUCUCGCGGCAAAGAGGUCGAAGGUGUCGAAGUCGAAGCAAGAGAAGCAGCGGAAACAGAGCCGCAGCGGCAAACAGUUCAGAGGUAGAAAAGCUUGGAAAUGAGAUCAAGACAAAUCCUUCCUUGGCAGGGAAUGUUCAAUUUUGUUUUAUCGGAUUUUUGUCAAGCCAACCCCUUCAAUCAUUCGAUCAUCACCUUUAGUUUUCAUUUUAUAUAAACUGCAUGAUUGGAGGCAUACAAAAAUUCUAUUUUCAAAUAUGAUUCCCUUUAGACUA